AUGACCUCUAAAAUUAUUGAUAUGGAUAACAACGGCUUAAACUUUUAUAACUCUAACCCAGACAUUAAUGACUACCGAAAUACUGGUGUUGGUUUUCUGGUAAAUGACCAAUCUAUGAUAACUGCCACCGAUUUUGAAGAGGUAGAUGGCAGAAUAGCUACCAUUAAAAUACACAGUAAAGCUACCAAGCAGACUAUUAACCUUAUCGGUUGCUACGCCCCAACCGAGUCUUCUAAUGAUGAAGUUAGUAAAGAAAAAUUCUAUCUUAAGCUAAAAGACACAAUUAAAAAGCUUAAACUAAAUAAACUUCCUAUACUCAUCCUGGGAGACUAUAAUUGCAGGCUAAGCCAGGACCUUCAUACUUAUUACCCUAACAUUAUAGGGAAAGCUAUUAAACUUGAAACUGAAACAUCAGAAAAUGGCAUGAAACUAAUAAACUUAUGUAAAACUUUAAACCUGCGAGUAAUGAACUCGUUCACCACUAAACCAGAACACAGGACCCAUACCUGGGUACAUCCGAAGACCCAAAUGGGACAUGUCAUAGAUCUAGUAAUAA